CGCGCUGCCCCCUCUCCCCCGGGCCGCGCCCCGGGGCCCCGCACUGACGGCCCAUGGCGCCGCCCGCCGCCCGCCUCGCCCUGCUCUCCGCCGCCGCGCUCACGCUGGCGGCCCGGCCCGCACCCAGCCCUGGCCUCGGCCCCGGACCCGAAUGUUUCACAGCCAACGGCGCAGAUUAUAGGGGAGCGCAGAACUGGACAGCACUACAAGGCGGGAAGCCAUGUCUAUUCUGGAACGAGACUUUCCAGCAUCCAUACAACACUCUGAAAUACCCCAAUGGGGAGGGGGGCCUGGGUGAGCAUAACUACUGCAGAAACCCAGAUGGAGAUGUGAGCCCCUGGUGCUAUGUGGCAGAGCAUGAGGACGGUGUCUACUGGAAGUACUGUGACAUACCUGCUUGCCAGAUGCCUGGAAACCUUGGCUGCUACAAGGAUCAUGGAAACCCACCUCCCCUAACUGGUGCCAGUAAAACAUCUAACAAACUUACCAUACAAACCUGCAUCAGCUUUUGUCGAAGUCAGAGGUUCAAGUUUGCUGGGAUGGAGUCAGGCUAUGCUUGCUUUUGUGGAAACAAUCCUGAUUACUGGAAGUAUGGGGAGGCAGCCAGUACUGAAUGCAACAGCGUCUGCUUCGGGGAUCACACCCAGCCCUGUGGUGGUGAUGGCCGGAUCAUCCUUUUUGACACUCUUGUUGGCGCCUGCGGUGGGAAUUACUCGGCCAUGACUUCUGUCGUCUAUUCCCCUGACUUUCCUGACACUUACGCCACAGGGAGGGUCUGCUACUGGACCAUUCGGGUUCCGGGAGCCUCCCACAUCCACUUCAACUUCACCUUAUUUGACAUCAGGGAUUCCGCAGACAUGGUGGAGCUGCUGGAUGGCUACACUCACCAAGUCCUGGUCCGUUUCAAUGGAAGGAACCGCCCACCUUUGUCCUUUAAUGUCUCUCUGGAUUUUGUCAUUCUGUAUUUCUUCUCUGAUCGCAUCAAUCAGGCCCAGGGAUUUGCUGUUUUAUACCAAGCCAUCAAGGAAGAACCACCACAGGAGAGGCCCACUGCCAACCAGACGCUGGCCGAGGUGAUCACAGAGCAGGCCAACCUCAGCAUCAGCGCUGCCCGGUCCUCCAAAGUCCUCUACGUCAUCACCACCAGCCCCAGCCACCCACCACAGGCUGUCCCAGGAUGGACAGUGUAUGGCCUGGCAACUCUCCUCAUCCUCACAGUCACAGCCAUUGUAGCAAAGAUACUUCUGCACGUCACAUUCAAAUCACAUCGUGUUCCUGCUUCAGGGGACCUUCGGGAUUGUCAUCAACCAGGGACGUCAGGGGAAAUCUGGAGUAUUUUUUAUGAGCCUUCUACUUCGAUUUCCAUCUUUAAAAAGAAGCUCAAGGGUCAGAGUCAACAAGAUGACCGUAAUCCUCUUGUGAGUGACUAAAAGCUCUCCCCACGCCCAGGACAGGAGGUUCCUCUGAGCUCAAGGCCACAGGGACCACGUCUCCCGUGGUUUCCUCUGUUGAACUCUUCCCUGCCUGUCCCUCAGCCUCUUCAGGGGCGCCUGCCAAUGGACUGGGAAGGGGCGCCCUACAGCAGGGGCAGGUACAGCCUGGAUUCGUCCUGCUUCAUCAGCUGCACUUAGGAGAGAGACUCAAGGUCCCAGGGUCCAGCCCUCCUGUGUGUGUCUCUCCCUCUCUGAUACAGGAAUGGGGGUGUCAGGACACUGGGGCUGAGAUGACAAAGACGGUUGUGUCCGGCACUGGGUUCGGGUACAUCUAGAUGACUGUCAGGUGAUGGGUAAGUGUAGUGUACGUUGAGUCUUGCUUGCUUCUUCUCUGUUUUGUCCACACACAGAUCACUUUCUCCUGGUCUUUAUGGUUUGGAAGAGGGCCAGGCGGAGAAUUCUGAGGUUCUCUUGAGGAUGGCCUGGUUCUUGACUACUGGGUGUUAGCAUCCCCAAAGCCCUAAAGAGGGCCCAUGCUCUGUGCGGGCUGGGCCUUAGCUAUCUGGGUGCUGGAGGAGAAAAGGCCUUCGCCGACCUUCGACAGCCUGAGAAUUAGGUCUGCUGACCCCCAUUCAUGUCAAACCUGAAACCUUCUAGGUUCGGGCUUUUUUCUAUAGCUUGGUGACCAACAGAGUAAGCUUGUGGAGUGGUUGUAUAAAACACCCAUCGAUUUAUUCACACAACAGACUUGACUGAAAGCUUUUAUAGGCUCUCAGUAACUCCUUAUUGGACUGGAUUUGUCUGGCUUUGCCCCCAAACAUUGUGUGGUCCUGUGGCACCCAAGCCAGGCCCUCAUCUCUCCAUGAUUCUCUAAGCUCACUCUCAGUUCAGAAUAGGGAAUAGAAACAUCAAGGUUUAGCAUUUAGGCAGGAUUAUGGGAGGCAGGGUGCCAGCAGUCCCUCCUUUAGCUGUCCCUCAUUUUAAAAGAACAUGAAAAACACCCCACGCAGCCUGUGUUCUCCACGGCCCUCUCUGCCUCUUCCUACCAGAACAGAGAUGGGUUCGGAAUGGCUCGGUGAGAAGCAGAGGGCUCCUAGCCCUGCUGCCACACUGCCCUGCCCUCAGGUGGGGAAGUGGAUCGCAGAGACGGCAUGAGGAGGGAGAGGGAGGGUCUGGGAACUGGAGACCCCCUGAGGAUAGCCUCCAAAGAUUGAAAGCUGUGCACGCAGUGGCCACUGGUUGUGCGAGUCAGCACCGUUGCCAACUUAGAAGUACCCACCCCCCUAAAGCAGUCUUUGUCCACAGCAGCUGAGAAGAGCGGUCUGUGCCUUUGAAGGCCGGGUCUGACCCUUUGUCAGAACAUGACUCUCCCAAAGGCGCUUGGGCCUUGGACCUUGCUGAGCCUCUGGCCUCGCAGGUUCCCUCUUUGGAGCACUUUGCCUACCUUCCCCAAGUCCCUAAGCUACUGCCUGCCACGGCCCUUCCUGGGGUUCUGCCAGAUUCGCAACCCAUCUGAAACUGGCUGCUGCCAGAAGAACAGAGGGCCAUGUGAGGGCAGCUAGGAGGUGUCUGCAGAGAGAGGUGACACUUGGCAAUGAGGAGAGAUGCUAGGAGCUGGCAGGAAGAGGGCCAUUCAGAGGAGGGAAACAGGGCAGCGUGUCCACAGGAGAGCAGGGGCGCUGCCCCAGGCACCAUGGGAGGCCUGCCACAAUCCUGGACCUGCUUGGUGCUCUCGUCAUGCUUUGAUCUGGAAAGGGUGAUUACUCAGGAGCAGCUGUCCACAUGCCCCUGAAUCUGGAGACAGAGGUCUGUCCCAUACAAGGACCACAGGAAACAUGUGCAGUCUCCCUUCCAAGCUAUUCCUGGCUUUUGAGGAAUCUCCUCCCAAACACAAGUGCCAGGUGUGCAGUCACAAAGGGCCCUGAGCUGUGAAUAGACCCACUUGUGGCACCAAGGGAAUGUGGAAUUCGGUAAAGGGUUCAUCCAGCCAAGAGGCAGUUGUUCAGCUGCCCGAAGCUUACUCUGAUCACCCGCCUACCCUGCUCACCUCACACUGGUCACAGGGGCCAAGCCUUAAGACAGUGUGUUGUCUAAGCCUGCAGCAGGAUCAGCCGUUUCUCAGAGAUUCUGGAAGUGUUGGUGACACCCUCAUACUCUCCUUGCGGCUGGUCCUGGAACAGCCCAGUGCUGCCAGGAUCAACGUACUGUCCAGGGAAGGACCAUGGGACACCCAAACCAGCCUCAGGACAGCAUGUGGGGAGAGAGCCUUAAAUUGUCUUAGGCCAAACCUCUAUAAACUCCUUGGCCACAGUCUGGCCAUGGUCUUGGUUGGAACCUGUCAGCAACACCCCACAGAGGGUCCGCUGUGGCUUAGUAAACACCUGAGAAAUAAAUUGUCCCAAAAGAGAUGAGGUGUGCUUCUAGGAGCAUUGAAGGAGGAAGCACUUGAUUUUUUAAGAUACUACUUUAGAAGAGAGAAAGUGAGGGUUGGAGAUGAUUGGAAAGGGUGACCCUGAGAAAGGUCCAUUACAGAGUACAUAGCAGAAGAUUAUGAAAGCGGAAGAGAGGGGGCCUCUGGGAACCACCAUGGACGGCGGCUCUGAAGGCAUCCUGUCCACAGCCUCUGCCCUGAGUGGAGGAGGCUGCAAGUGGGCGACUCAGGACCUGUGUGCCCUUCUCAUCCCGUUCACUGCUGGUGCCCAGGCCCUGCCUUCUCGGCAUGUAUCUCAACGUGAGGGAGGGCCCUGGGGCAGCUGCUCUUUUUGCCUCCCAUGGUGAAGGCACCUUUUCUUUUUCUUUUUUUUAAAUCCACACCCAAGGACAU